UACCUGGGGCGGCUCCGCGAGGAACCCGGCGGGGGCACCUGCUGCGUCGUCUCCGGCAAGGCGCCCAGCCCAGGCGAUGUGCUGCUGGAGGUAAACGGGACGCCUGUCAGCGGGCUCACCAACCGGGACACCCUGGCUGUCAUCCGCCACUUCCGCGAGCCCAUCCGUCUCAAGACUGUGAAACCAGGCAAAGUCAUUAAUAAAGAUUUGCGGCAUUACCUAAGUCUUCAGUUUCAAAAAGGAUCAAUUGACCACAAACUGCAGCAAGUGAUCAGAGAUAAUCUCUACUUGAGAACCAUUCCAUGCACUACAAGGGCCCCCAGGGAUGGGGAAGUACCAGGAGUGGAUUAUAAUUUCAUUUCCGUUGAACAGUUCAAAGCACUGGAAGAGAGUGGAGCAUUGUUGGAAAGUGGAACGUAUGAUGGAAACUUCUAUGGAACUCCCAAGCCUCCAGCAGAACCCAGCCCUUUUCAGCCAGAUCCAGUUGAUCAAGUCCUCUUUGAUAAUGAGUUUGAUGCAGAAUCUCAAAGAAAACGAACUACAUCUGUCAGCAAGAUGGAAAGAAUGGAUAGCUCUCUUCCUGAAGAGGAAGAAGAUGAGGACAAGGAAGCUAUUAAUGGCAGUGGAAACGCAGAAAACAGAGAGAGGCAUUCUGAGUCAUCUGACUGGAUGAAGACUGUUCCAAGUUACAACCAAACAAAUAGCUCCAUGGACUUUAGAAAUUAUAUGAUGAGAGAUGAGACUCUGGAACCACUGCCCAAAAACUGGGAAAUGGCCUACACUGACACAGGGAUGAUCUACUUCAUUGACCACAAUACCAAGACAACCACCUGGUUGGAUCCUCGUCUUUGUAAGAAAGCCAAAGCCCCUGAAGACUGUGAAGAUGGAGAGCUUCCUUAUGGCUGGGAGAAAAUAGAGGACCCUCAGUAUGGGACAUACUAUGUUGAUCACCUUAACCAGAAAACCCAGUUUGAAAAUCCAGUGGAGGAAGCGAAAAGGAAAAAGCAGUUAGGACAGGCUGAAAUUGGGUCUUCAAAACCAGAUAUGGAAAAAUCACAUUUCACAAGAGAUCCAUCCCAACUUAAAGGUGUCCUUGUUCGAGCAUCACUGAAAAAAAGCACAAUGGGAUUUGGUUUUACCAUUAUUGGCGGAGAUAGACCUGAUGAGUUCCUACAAGUGAAAAAUGUGCUGAAAGAUGGUCCCGCAGCUCAGGAUGGGAAAAUUGCACCAGGUGAUGUUAUUGUAGACAUCAAUGGCAACUGCGUCCUCGGUCAUACUCAUGCAGAUGUUGUCCAGAUGUUUCAAUUGGUACCUGUCAAUCAGUAUGUAAACCUCACUUUAUGUCGUGGUUAUCCACUUCCUGAUGACAGUGAAGAUCCUGUCGUGGAUAUUGUUGCUGCUACCCCUGUCAUCAAUGGACAGUCAUUAACCAAGGGAGAGACUUGCAUGAAUCCUCAGGAUUUUAAGCCAGGAACAAUGGUUCUGGAGCAGAAUGGAAAAUCGGGACACACUUUGACUGGUGAUGGUCUCAAUGGACCAUCAGAUACAAGUGAGCAGAGAGUAUCUAUGGCAUCGUCAGGCAGCUCCCAGCCUGAACUAGUGACUAUCCCUUUGAUUAAGGGCCCUAAAGGGUUUGGGUUUGCAAUUGCCGACAGCCCUACUGGACAGAAGGUGAAAAUGAUACUGGAUAGUCAGUGGUGUCAAGGCCUUCAGAAAGGAGAUAUAAUUAAGGAAAUUUACCAUCAAAAUGUGCAGAAUUUAACACAUCUCCAAGUGGUAGAGGUGCUAAAGCAGUUUCCAGUAGGUGCCGAUGUACCAUUGCUUAUCUUAAGGGGAGGUCCUCCUUCACCAACCAAAACUACCAAAAUGAAAACAGAUAAAAAGGAAAAUUCAGGAAGUUUGGAGGCCAUAAAUGAGCCUGUUCCUCAGCCUAUGCCUUUUCCACCCAGCAUUAUCAGGUCAGGAUCCCCAAAAUUGGAUCCUUCUGAGGUCUACCUGAAAUCUAAGACUUUAUAUGAAGAUAAACCACCAAAUACCAAAGAUUUGGAUGUUUUUCUUCGAAAACAAGAGUCAGGGUUUGGCUUCAGGGUGCUAGGAGGAGAUGGACCUGACCAGUCUAUAUAUAUCGGGGCUAUUAUUCCCCUGGGAGCAGCUGAGAAAGAUGGUCGGCUCCGUGCAGCUGAUGAACUAAUGUGCAUUGAUGGAAUUCCUGUUAAAGGGAAAUCACACAAACAAGUCUUGGACCUCAUGACGACUGCUGCUCGAAAUGGCCAUGUGUUACUAACUGUCAGACGAAAGAUCUUCUAUGGAGAAAAACAACCUGAGGACGACAGCUCUCAGGCUUUCAUUUCAACACAGAAUGGAUCUCCCCGCCUGAACCGGGCAGAGGUCCCAGCCAGGCCUGCACCCCAGGAGCCCUAUGAUGUUGUCUUGCAACGAAAAGAAAAUGAAGGAUUUGGCUUUGUCAUCCUCACCUCCAAAAACAAACCACCUCCAGGAGUUAUUCCUCAUAAAAUUGGUCGAGUCAUAGAAGGAAGUCCAGCUGACCGCUGUGGAAAACUGAAAGUUGGAGAUCAUAUCUCUGCAGUGAAUGGGCAGUCCAUUGUUGAACUGUCUCAUGAUAACAUUGUUCAGCUGAUCAAAGAUGCUGGUGUCACCGUCACACUAACGGUCAUUGCUGAAGAAGAGCAUCACGGUCCACCAUCAGGAACAAACUCAGCCAGGCAAAGCCCAGCCCUGCAGCACAGGCCCAUGGGACAGUCACAGGCCAACCACAUACCUGGGGACAGAAGUGGCCUAGAAGGUGAAAUUGGAAAAGAUGUCUCCACUUCUUACAGACAUUCUUGGUCAGACCACAAGCAUCUUGCACAGCCUGACACCGCAGUAAUUUCAGUUGUAGGCAGUCGGCACAAUCAGAGCCUUGGUUGUUACCCAGUAGAGCUGGAGAGAGGCCCCCGGGGCUUUGGAUUCAGCCUCCGAGGGGGGAAGGAGUACAACAUGGGGCUGUUCAUCCUUCGUCUUGCUGAAGAUGGUCCUGCCAUCAAAGAUGGCAGAAUUCAUGUUGGUGACCAGAUUGUUGAAAUCAAUGGGGAACCUACACAAGGAAUCACACAUACUCGAGCAAUUGAGCUCAUUCAGGCUGGCGGAAAUAAAGUUCUUCUUCUUUUGAGGCCAGGAACUGGCUUGAUACCUGACCAUGGUGAUUGGGAUAUUAAUAAUCCUUCAUCGUCAAAUGUGAUUUAUGAUGAACAGUCACCAUUACCCCCAUCUUCACAUUCUGCUUCCAUAUUUGAAGAGUCUCACAUGCCAGUAAUUGAAGAAUCUUUAAUGAGAGUUCAGAUAUGUGAAAAGGCAGAAGAAUUAAAGGACAUUGUGCCUGAAAAGAAAAGCACUUUAAAUGAAAAUCAACCUGAGAUAAAGCACCAGUCUCUUCUCCAGAAAAAUGUGAGUAAGAGGGAUCCACCCAGCAGUCAUGGGCACAGUAACAAGAAAAAUCUAUUAAAAGUAGAAAAUGGUGUUACACGAAGAGGUAGAUCGGUUAGUCCCAAAAAGCCAGCCAGUCAACAUUCAGAGGAACAUUUGGAUAAGAUUUCUAGUCCUCUAAAAAAUGACCCCAAAAGAAGACCCAGAGAUCGAUCCCUCAGCCCCAGCAAAGGGGAAAAUAAAAGUUGCCAGGUCAGCACCAAGGCAGGUUCUGGACAAGAUCAGUGCAGAAAAAGCAGAGGUCGGUCUGCCAGUCCAAAAAAGCAGCAAAAAAUUGAAGGAAGCAAAGCUCCAUCAAAUGCUGAGGCCAAAUUGUUAGAGGGUAAGAGUCGAAGAAUAGCAGGCCAUACAGGCAAUAAUGCGGAGCAGAUCCCAGAUGGGAAGGAAAAAUCAGACGCCAUCAGGAAAGAUGCAAAGCAGAAUCAGGUGGAAAAAAGCAGAACAAGGUCUCCAGAGAAAAAAAGCAAAAGAAUGGUUGAGAAAUCUCUUCCAUCCAAAAAGACUAAUAAGACUACAAGUAAAGAAGUAUCUGAAAAUGAAAAAGGAAAGAAAGUAACCACAGGAGAAACAAGUUCUAGUAAUGAUAAAAUAGCAGAAAAUAUCCAGCUAUCAGAAAAGAGGCUGAAGCAAGAACCUGAAGAGAAGGUAGUUUCAAACAAAACAGAAGAUCACAAAGGGAAAGAACUAGAGGCAGCUGACAAAAACAGAGAGACUGGAAGGUUCAAACCUGAAAGUAGUUCUCCAGUUAAGAAAACACCGAUAACUCCAGGGCCCUGGAAGGUGCCAAGUGGAAAUAAAGUCACAGGCACUAUUGGUAUGGCUGAGAAACGGCAGUAACCUUUAGUAUAAAACAAAAACAAGUUGUAAUCUUUUCUUACAGCAGCAUUUUUCAAGAAAAAGCCUUUUUUUUCCCCAGAUAUUCUGAAACAGAUAAGUACAUGUUAAUGUGAGCAUCAAGUUACCUAGGCUGCAUGAAGGGCCUUUAGGAUUGCUAAGAACCAACUGUCCCCCUGGCCGGCUGCCCUCCCUCGCACUCAGGAAGGAGCUGCAUCCACAUGCUCAUCUGACCCGCCCUGCUCAGGCUGCCCAGCUCAUCUUCACGAGUGUCUGAACAAAUGACAUAUGUUGAUAUUAACAGUGUGGUCACAACUCACUUCGUAUUUGUGCCAAGUUAUCUACUGUAUCAUGUCUGUUUUUAUCCUUCUUGUUCAGCUAUUUCCACAGUAAUGAAAAAGUUAGGUUUGGCUUGGAAGUUGAUGUUCUCAAUAGCAUGUUGCAUGUUUACAGAGAGAAAUAUGUGAGUCCUUGCAGAAGACGAGACUGUUAACUCAUCGUUAAAGAUGGCAGUUGUCGUCUAACAGCUACUGAUGAUGUCCCACUUUAAAAAUAAAACCCCCAAACAUCACUACUUUAAGGAAAAAAAUGUAGUCCAAUACUGAUGCUUUCUUACAGCUUUUUAUUUUAAUUUGGCUGGAUAAGUUGUUUCAAAUAACUGUUAAAAGAUAUUACUUACAAUUGAAUGUUCAAAAUGAGAAAGUACUUUAAGCAAUAGAGUUCAUCUCUUGCUGUGUUAUCCAACCUCGAUGUAUACUUACAGCAUCUAGGUCACGCUUUUUAUUUCACUUAAAAUUUAAUUAUGAAACCAUAAAGAAGCAUGUGGAAAUAGUGUUUAUUGCUCUUUGAAGAAAAACCGCCAACUAUUUCUGGAUAUUUUGGCUGUACCUACUACUAAAGUCAUUAGUCUUUAAUACAUAAUACAUAUUUGAAAAGUAAAAUUAUUAUAUAGAUUAUGUGAGGGACUUAAUCAUGAAACCAGUUUCACAGUCCAGGUACCAACUCUUCUGGUAGCAGGUGCACAAGCUUGGGUGUUUAGAAACAACCUGUGUAGGGUAUGCUGCCCAGCAAGUGAGGACAAAUGUGUAGACAGUACUUACUGGAUCUUAUUUAACUUUUAGCUACAUUAACUUUCUUAUUUAAAAACAAGAAAGGGAGACUAAACAUCUGCUUAGCUUGUACACAUUUUCAGAAUUCUUUUUAAAAGUCUAGUUAAAGAUGUUUCUUAGAAGUUGGAGACUGUUAACGUCCAUAAAAUAGAUCCAGGUUUUUCAGUUCCCUGAAGCAGCAUUCGGUAGCACCUAUAUAAAUAAAGGCACCUUCGGAGAAUAGACUAUUCCAUGGAGUGUGUGAACACACUUGUUAUGUCACCUGGGUUCAUCCUGUUGUGAAGCACAUUACGUCCAGGUCCUUCCCUCUGGGAGUCUGACUGUGAAACUCUUUAACCCAACAACUGUAUUAGCCCCUGUAGAUAAGACGUGCUUCCCAGAGUGAGAUUUUUGAAAUCCCCUUUUCAUCCAGAACUAUAUUUACCCACCUAUUGUAACUAUUCAAAUAGAGCAAAAUUAGGAGGCUUGAUAAAUGCUAAGAAUUUAGUACCACAGAAAUUAUUUAUUUCCCUGUAGUCCACAAUUAGUGAUAACAAAUCCUAUUUUUGUUAACUGUGACAUAACUUUGAUGUCAUAUGUUGUCCUAUGUGAUUCUUCCUUUCUAAGUAACCUCUGUCCUGAUUAUAUACUGACUUAGCAAUGUGGCCUUGGAAUGCUGAGCAAAAUGUGGAUGUACUGGUUGUAAAUGUUUAUAUAUUGUACAGUACCUUUAUAUAUACACUUGAGGUUCUGAUUAGAGAAAGAUCUGUAAAUUGCUCGUUAUUUUUUAUAUAGAUAUUAAAAAAA